AGUCAACUAAAUUACGAUUAGUAACUUUAACCAACCACUAGAAACGGCGGCCAUAUUUCUUUCUUGUAUGCGUUGGAGCUCACCUAGUCAAGAUGAGUUCCCUCAAGCUGCAGAAGAGGCUUGCAGCCUCUGUUAUGCGAUGCGGUAAAAAGAAGGUGUGGUUGGAUCCCAAUGAGAUCAAUGAAAUCGCAAACACCAAUUCCCGACAGAACAUCCGUAAGAUGAUCAAGGAUGGUCUCGUCAUCAAGAAGCCCGUAGCCGUGCACUCCCGUGCCCGUGUCCGCAAGAACACAGAGGCUCGCAGGAAGGGACGUCAUUGUGGUUUUGGUAAAAGAAGAGGUACUGCUAAUGCCCGUAUGCCACAGAAGGAAUUAUGGGUACAAAGACAAAGAGUGCUCAGAAAACUGCUCCUUAAGUACCGAACAGCCAAGAAGAUCGACAGGCAUCUAUACCACGCGCUGUACAUGAAGGCGAAGGGUAAUGUGUUCAAGAACAAGCGUGUACUUAUGGAGUACAUCCACAGGAAGAAGGCUGAGAAGGCUAGGACUAAGAUGCUCAGUGACCAGGCUGAGGCCCGCCGUAACAAAGUCAAGGAGGCGCGUAAGCGACGUGAAGAGCGUAUCGCCGCCAAGAAGGAAGAGCUUCUGCAGACGUUCGCGCGGGAAGACGAGGCCGCAGUCACCGCCAAGAAGUGAACAACACUUUGUAAUUAAUAUAAAAUGAUCCAAUAAACAUCUAGGGUCGAAA